AUGGUGACGGUAACCAUUGUUUUAUAUCUAAGCAAUCGACCUGAUUUUACACGUUAUCGUUCGCAGACAUUUAAUAUUAAUCUCAAACAUUUUUCUUAUAGUUCGAAGGCUACGAUGAAUCUCACUUCAGUAACAUCCCAAAAUAAAUCUUCUCAAUAUCUAUGGUGCGUUAAUCAUUAUGGUCCUAAUAACCAAUUAAAAGAUUUUGUCAAGUGUUGUAUAAUAGCUAUGAUAAAUAACUAUACUCUAGUUAUACCUCCAUUAUAUCCACAUUAUGGAAACAAACAUAGAGGUAUUCAAUGGUUUGAUCAUUUUUAUGAUUUAAAAAAGCUCAGUCAGGCUUUAAAUUUUAUAACACUUGAUCAAUUAAUAUCAAAAUUUAAGACCGAUAAAAAGAAAGUGAUGAUAGAUUGCUACAUUCAACAAAUUGAACUUGUAGCCCAAAGGGCAUGGUAUCCAAGGAAUACAUUAAUAUCAAUACAAAGUUAUUACAGAAUACAUAUUGAUUUUCAUCAUUCAAAAAAUCUUUCUAGAAAUUUUCAGAUGAACGAAUUAUUCAAUAAAUCCAAAGAUUGUUCGUCUAUAUUUCUUCAUAUUCAUUAUACAACAUUCGGACAGUUUUUCUCAUCUCCAAAUAUCUAUAUACAACAAGUUUUUGAACAUUUACAUCAUACUCCAUUAAUUCAACGUAUGACAUCUCAAUUAAUUAAUCAUUUGCCACAAUUAGUAAUCGGAAAAAAUCAUUCUCAAACUGUUCUUAAUACUUUAGCUGUUGUUCAUAUGAGAACCGGUGAUCAUGUCGUCAUGAAUGUAUCUAUGUAUAUUAAACAAAUUUUAUAUUUACUUCAUGAUGGUGUUCAUUUUACACAUUUACAUGUCAUGUGUCCAUAUCUAAACGCUACUGAUAUUAGACAAUUAACUGAUAGUCUUCCAAUAGUAUUUACUACUUCACAGCACUUAUUAGAUCAUGUAAAUUUUGUCCUAGAUCGUUAUUUAUUUGAUGUAUUAGAACAAGAAAUCGCUUAUCAAGCUCCAAUUUUUAUUGCAUCACCUUGGACAACUUAUUCGGCGACAGUCUUGAUGCAAAAAGUAUAUCAACAGAAAGGAAUUGUUUAUGUAUUUUCCACUAAAAAAGAUAACCGUCCAUUACUUGUUACAAAACAAAAUGUGAAAUAUUUCUAA